AGAAAGACAAAUUUCUUGCAAUUGAAGGUGAGAUUUGGGGAUAGGGAAAUUGAGGAAACCCUAGAACAAGUACGGUCUUUAUUUUGCUUUAAUGGGUCGCGAAUCUCUGGCUGUUGUGACUGCGCCGCCCUCGGCGACUGCUCCGGGUACUGCUACUGCGGCUACCUCGCUUGCUCCUGGCUUCCGAUUUCAUCCGACUGAUGAGGAACUCGUGAGCUAUUACUUGAAGAGGAAGGUUCUGGGCAAACCUGUACGCUUCGAUGCGAUUGGAGAGGUCGAUAUCUAUAAGCAUGAGCCCUGGGAUUUAGCAGUGUUUUCGAGGUUGAAGACAAGGGACCAAGAAUGGUACUUCUACAGCGCAUUAGAUAAGAAGUAUGGAAACGGCGCUAGGAUGAACCGAGCAACUAACAGAGGCGGGCGUGCCCCAGACGGGCUUCGGACUAAUUGGGUCAUGCACGAGUAUCGCCUUGUGGAAUAUGAAACCGAGAAAAACGGAAACCUUGUGCAAGAUGCAUAUGUGUUGUGCAGAGUCUUCCACAAGAAUAACAUUGGGCCACCAAGUGGGAACAGAUAUGCGCCGUUCAUGGAAGAGGAAUGGGCUGAUGAUGCAGGAGCUCUGAUUCCAGGAAUAGACGUUAAGCUCAGGCUAGAGCCGCCGCCAGUAGCCAAUGGAAACAACCAGAUGGACCAGGAAAUCCAGUCAGGCAGCAAAAGUCUCAUCAACAUCAAUGAGCCACCGAGAGAGGCAGCUCCAAUGGAUAUCGAACCUAACCAACAGAAUCAUCAUGAGAAUGAGCUCAAGCCGCAGGAGCAUAACAACAAUAAUAAUUAUGAUGAAAACGAGGAAACGCUCAAACGCGAGCUCACGGAAGAAGAUGAGCGUCCUGCUCCACCUGUAUGCGUUCUCAACAAAGAAGCUCCAUUACCUCUCCUGCAAUACAAACGUAGACGCCAGAAUGAGUCAAACAACAACUCAAGCAGGAACACACAGGACCAUUGUUCGUCCACAACAACAACCGUCGACAAUACAACCACCUUAGUCUCAUCAUCUGCCGCUGCCACCAACACUGCCAUCUCUGCAUUGCUUGAGUUCUCACUCAUGGGUAUCUCCGACAAGAAAGAAAAGCCGCAGCAACCGCUACGUCCUCACAAGGAACCUUCUCCUCCUCAAACUCCAGUUGCAUCUCCUGAAGAGAAGGUUAAUGAUCUCCAGAAGGAGAUUCACCAGAUGUCUGUUGAAAGAGAAACUUUCAAGCUUGAAAUGAUGAGUGCAGAAGCUAUGAUCAGUAUUCUCCAAUCAAGGAUCGAUGCGCUGCGUCAGGAGAACGAGGAACUUAAGAAGAACAAUGCCAAUGGACAGUAAAGGCUCUAAAACCAUCUCUCCAGGUUACUUCUUCUUGCUCUUCGCCUUUUAUUUAGCUUUAAUCUCCCUAAUAUUAUGAGCCAUCUAUGUAGCUCCUCUAGACGGAUUGCGAACCGUGUGAAUCUCUGUUGUAACAUAGGAUAAAACGGAUUCGAGCCC